UCCAAAAUCACCGCCCUCUCUCUCUCUCUCUCUCUCUCUCUCUAAAGAUGCCAUUUUUGAACUUUCCACCAUCCUCUCUCUUUCUUCUUUUCACUCUCUCCUUCUUCCACUUCUUCGCUGUGGGUCUCUUCUCCAACGUCGACUACGAUAUUCUGAUUCGUGUCAAGAACACCCAUCUCGACGAUCCCGAUGGAGCUUUGAAGGAUUGGGUUCCCAACCAAGCUCACACCCCCUGUUCUUGGACUGGCAUCACCUGCGAUUCCACUAACCUUUCUGUUCUUGCCAUCAAUUUGACCACUUCCAACAUCGCCGGCGGAUUUCCCUACGAUUUCUGCCGGAUUCCCACCCUUCGAAACCUUUCUAUCACAGUCACCAACAUCAAUGGAACUUUACUCUCCCCUUCCUUCUCUCUCUGUUCUCAUCUCCAACUUCUCAAUCUUUCCUCUAAUCUACUUGUCGGUAGGCUGCCCGAGUUUUCCCCUCUUUUCACACAGCUUCAAAUUCUCGAUCUCUCCUCCAAUAAUUUCACCGGCGAUGUUCCUCUCAGUUUCGGCCAGUUGCCGGCGCUCAGAGUGCUUCGUUUGACGAUGAAUUUGCUCGACGGCCCUGUCCCCUCUGUUCUGGGAAAUCUCAGUCAGUUAACCGAAAUGGCCAUCGCUUAUAAUCCCUUCAAACCGAGUCCCUUACCGUCCGAGUACGGAAACCUGUUAAAACUCGAAAAUAUGUUUAUAAGCACAGCAAAUCUCACCGGACCCAUUCCUGGUUCCAUCGGAAAACUUGCUAUGCUUACCAAUCUUGAUUUAACUUUCAAUUCGAUAUCUGGCCCGCUCCCGGAUUCAAUCGGCGGACUCAGGAGCAUAAAGAGUAUCCAACUCUACAAUAACCGAAUCUCCGGUGAAUUGCCAGAGAGCAUCGGUAAUUGGACUUCUCUGUCACGUCUCGACCUCUCGCAGAAUAGUCUCACCGGAAAGUUACCGGAUAAAUUUGCUGCGAUCCCUCUAGAAAUUCUGCAUCUCAAUGACAACUUCCUCCAAGGGGAGUUUCCGGAGAGUUUAGCUUCGAGCCCACAUCUUACAGAUUUGAAACUGUUCAACAAUAGCUUUUCUGGGACACUUCCCCAAAAUUUGGGUCUCAACUCUCCCUUUACUGAGAUUGAUUUCUCUUCCAACCAUUUCGAAGGUAAUAUUCCGAAAUUUCUCUGCCAACAAAACCGCCUUCAGAAAUUUAUUUUAUUCAGCAACAGCUUCUCUGGGAAUUUCCCAGAAUCGUACGGCGCUUGUGAUUCUCUUGUAUAUGUCAGAGUCGAGGACAAUCAACUUUCCGGCGAGGUACCGGACUCGUUCUGGAAACUCCCCAAGCUUAAUAGCAUACAGAUGUCGGAUAAUCAAUUUCAGGGCUCCAUUCCGCCGGCGAUAAGUCUCGCUCGCGAUCUCCAAGUGUUGUUGAUUUCCGGUAACAACUUCUCCGGCCAGUUGCCAGCAGAGAUUUGCAAAUUGAAAGAGCUAGUUCGGUUUGACAUCGGCAGGAACAAAUUCACCGGUGGAGUUCCUUCCUGUAUAACAGAGUUGCAGAAACUUCAAAAGCUCGACAUGCAAGAAAACCAGUUCGCCGGCGAAAUUCCCAAGUUGGUUCAGUUCUGGAAAGAACUAACCGAGCUGAAUCUGUCCCAUAAUCAAUUUACCGGCAAGAUUCCGCCUCAGCUUGGCGAUUUACCGGUUCUAACGUACUUGGAUCUCUCUUCAAAUUUACUCUCCGGCGAAAUCCCCGAGGAAUUAACAAAGCUGAAACCGGACCAAUUCAAUUUAUCGAACAACAAAUUGACCGGAAAAGUUCCAUCCGGCCUCGUCAACGAACAGUUCGUCGGUAGUUUACUGGGUAAUCCGGGUCUCUGUAGCUCGGAUUUGAAGCCACUGAACCGGUGCUCAAAACCCAAACCCUCAAGCUUCUAUGUUGUGGUGAUUCUCUCAGUUCUGGCUUUCGUUCUCAUCGGGUCUCUCAUUUGGGUAAUCAAAUUCAAGAUGAAUCUGUUGGGCAAAUCCAAAUCUCCAUGGACGGCGACCAAGUUCCAAAGGGUCGGGUUCGACGAAGAAGAUGUAAUUCCUCAUCUAACCAAAGGGAAUAUAAUCGGGUCGGGCGGUUCGGGUACCGUAUUCAAAGUGAAUCUGAAAACAGGUCAGACCGUAGCCGCCAAAAGUCUGUGGAGAGGCCACAACCAAUCGGAUAUUGAAUCGGUUUUCCAAUCGGAAGUUGAGACGUUGGGUCGGAUCCGGCAUGCCAAUAUUGUGAAGUUGAUCUUCAGUUGCAGCAAUGGCGAAGGAAGUAGAAUCCUUGUGUAUGAGUACAUGGAGAAUGGAAGCUUAGGAGAUGUUCUACACGAGAACAAAUCCGAAGCUUUGUCAGAUUGGUCGAAAAGAUUGAACAUCGCCAUGGGAGCGGCCCAGGGAUUAGCUUAUCUGCACCACGACUGCGUCCCUCCAAUAAUCCAUCGCGACGUGAAGAGCAACAACAUUCUGUUGGACGCUGAAUUUUGCCCUCGAGUGGCUGAUUUUGGCCUGGCAAAGACGCUGGAACGCCAGACAGAGGGCAACGAUGCUGGUGUCAUGUCUCGCAUCGCUGGCUCCUACGGCUAUAUUGCCCCCGAAUAUGGAUAUACUAUGAAGGUAACCGAGAAGAGCGACGUGUAUAGCUUUGGAGUAGUUUUGAUGGAGUUAGUGACGGGGAAGCGACCAAACGACCCGAGCUUUGGGGAGAACAAAGAUAUCGUGAAAUGGGUAACGGAGGCUGCUUUAUCAGAGGUUGAGGAGAAAGGGUUGAGCUUGGAUGAGAUAAUUGAUGAAAAGUUGGAUCCAAGAACAUGUGAAGUAGAGGAGAUAGCAAAGAUUUUGGAUGUGGCUGUGCUUUGUACAUCUGCUUUGCCCAUUGACAGACCUUCCAUGAGAAAAGUAGUUGAGAUGAUAAGAGACACCAAACUCCCUCCUUCUAAGUCAUGAAACCUUUAGUUUUUUCUUACUUAGUGUUAAUACGCAUCGUUUACUUGAAUGAGAUGAACUAAUUUAAAGCGGUAGGUUUUUUUUUCUUUAUCUUCAAUAAAUUUAAUCUCAUUAGUUAUAAUUUCUAAUGUCACCGAACACAUUAGAAAUUAUAACAAAUGAGAAAUCUAAACGUCUAUCAUUUUUAAUUAUAGUGAGAAUUAACUUUGUUUUA